UAGGAUGUGGAAGGGAGGGUGUUAGUUUAGGGUUGAAGUUGCCUGGAGGUGUUCUUUUAGUGCGGUUUUGAAGGAGGAGGUAAACGUGCUGUACUUUAGAAAUAAAUAAACUUAAUCUUUUUUCUUUUCUUUUUUCUUUUCUUUUUUUUUUUAAACAUAUUUUCAGACAUGUUUUUCAAGUGUAAACGUGCUGUACUUUAAUAUAACAUUAUUCGAAAGAAACCACUGCCGUCAGGCCCGUCACCAGUCGGCGUUUAGUUUGAAAAUACCGACCGGAUGCUCAAUGAUGACCUUUUCCGGAAUGGCUUGACAACAGUUGUCUGUGGACUGCCAAAAGUCGUCUGUUAGUCUUUUAAUAAUGUUUCACGAAGCUCCGCCGCUGCUGAAUGCUUCACGUGGUGGUGGAUCAGGUAGCGCACACAGUCAGUAGCAGGCUUGUCUCGCUCUUCUUCUUCCUCUUCUCCUUUUUCGUCAGGCAGACACUCUCGAAGACAGUCAGGCUGAAAGAAUCAGUGCCAUGCAACGUUAAGCUGAGGCAAGCCAAACUGAAGUGAGUCCGUUUGGAAGACCAUCUUACCAAUCACCUUGCCCCGCUUGGUCGCCAAUGGAGCUCAAAGUGUGGGUGGAUGGAGUAGUGCGGGUGGUAUGUGGCCUAUCGGAAGAGACAUCCUGCCAGGAUGUGGUCAUUGCUCUGGCCCAAGCCAUAGGUCAGACAGGUCGCUAUGUCUUGAUUCAACGUCUUCGGGAUACAGAGAGACAGUUGCUUGCCACAGAAAGACCCCUUGAGUCUGUGGCCAAGUUAGGCCAGCAUGGGAAUGAGGUUCAGUUCUUCCUACGUCGCACUGGCCCGAGCAGCAGCGAUGGGCCUGGCUCAAAACAAGACAAACUGAGCCCUCUCCCCCUGCCAAAAUAUCCUGAGCAGGACCUCUCAAAAUGCAACCAGCCCAAGAAAUCUCUCACCUUUAACUUGGGGCCAUCCACUUCUCACAGAGCCAAACCUUUUCAGAGGUCUCCUCGGGACUCCCCUGAGCAAAGAGCCUCGCCGUCAUCUUCUCCCAUCCCUACUACCCAUCAUGCUCCAUCUCCCUCGCCACCAAUAGGCCCAUCCAAAGAGGAGGUUUUUAGGAAGGUUCUUCAGCAGCAGGAAAGACUGAGGGCAAUCGAAGAACAGCUGGAAACCCUAGAAAGGGAGUCCAACACUCGAGAGCGCCACUGCUCCUCUCCGUGUCCUUCACCUAUGUCCGUCCACUUCCAAGAGGAGUUGGACACUUUGGAGCAAACAAUGCGGAAGAACCAAGCUGAGCUCGCCCACGAGCAGUACUGGGAGGAAGAGCUUCAAGCUGAGACGGAGAGGGAGCAAGAAAUGAGGAGAAAGCUAGGAGAGCUCCACACAAAGCUGGAUGACUGCGGAAGGCGUCUCCACGAGUUCUCUGUGCGUUCCACACAGCUGGAGCAAGAGAUCCAGCAGGAAAGUCAGUUGGAGGCCAAAAGCAAAGGGCCAGAGGAAUCACUUAAUGCUGUGAAAGCAGAGCUCUGGAGCCAGGAGACGCAUGGAACAGAGUUAGAGGUGCAACUAUCUGAGACUGAUAAGGCUCUGGGGAAGGCAGAGUCUCUGCUGCAGGGCAAACAUGAGGAGCUGGAGGAGUUGAACAAGGAUCUGCGGCAGUGUAACCUGCAGCAGUUUAUCCAGCAAGCCGGCGUCUUGCCUGCGCACAGCCACUCGCGCACGGAUCUUCAAGAGCAACUGGAGCAGUUGGAACUGGCACAUCUUCUGCAGGAUGGAUACAGGAAUGGAAGUAGUGGUAUGACUGCAGCGGAAUCACCGCCUCGUCCCACUGCCAAACAGUUCCUGGGUCAUCCGCGUAACUUGCAGAAUCCCCUGGUGUCCAGUCUCAACCCCGAGGUCUUGACAUCCCAAGAGUCGUCAUGGCGAUAAAACAUGGACCACAAGGGCAGAAACUUGGUCACUUGUUAAAUAUAAUCACCGUCUAUUUAACCCCUGUGUAAUUCUCAUAUAUAUAUAUAUAUAUAUAUACUGUAUAUACAUAAGACAAAUUAUUGACAGAGUUUUGCUACUGUAAACACGACAAGCUAUCUGUGUAAAAUGUAAGAUAAUUUAGGAAACUUUUACAUAGACCAAUUAUUAUUAUGUAUUUAAAUUUACCGGUAAUAAAAAUGUUCAUGUGUUU